AUGGGCUGUUUCACAUUCGUCAAAGUAAUGAUGAUUUUGUUCAACAUGCUUAUCUUUCUGUCGGGAGCCACCCUCCUGGCCAUGGGCAUCUGGGUGAGCGUGGACGGGAGCUCCUUCCUGAAGGUUCUGGGCCCCUUCUCCACCAACGCUAUGCAGUUUGUCAAUGUGGGCUUCUUCUGCAUCGCCAUCGGGGCGGUCCUGGUCCUGCUGGGCUUCAUGGGAUGCUACGGGGCUCAGAAGGAGAGCAGGUGUCUCCUCAUCCUGUUCUUCGCCGUCAUCCUGAUCAUUUUCAUAGCGGAGGUGGCAGCCGGAGUGGUGGCCCUGGCGUACUCGUCAUUUGCGGAGGGCAUUCUCAAAGCUUGGGCAGGCACAGCCCUCAAAGACCAGUACGGCAAUGAUCCUGUGGUCACAAAGAUAUGGAACACCACCAUGACUGAACUCAAGUGCUGCGGUUUCACCAACUACACCGACUUCACCGACUCCUACUACUACACCCAAAACCGCCAGAGCUACCCACCGACCUGCUGUGUGAACACCAAACCCUGCAGCCACACUUACGCCCAACUCAGUGACAUCCAGGGCUGCUUUGAACAACUGCUGACAACCCUCAAGAAGAAUGCCAACAUCGUUGGAGGAAUUGCUGCGGGGAUCUGUGGGGUUGAGGUGGCUGCUAUGAUCGUGUCCAUGUACUUAUACUGCUACUUGGACAAAAGAUGACUUGUGGACUAAUUUGAUGUACUAUAUGUCUGCAGUAUGACUGUCUGUGUG